AUGGCCAACAGCAACAAUAAUAACUCUUCACUGCUUGUUUUGGUGACUGGGGCAAGUGGAUAUAUUGGUUCUCAAUGUGUUAAGCAACUACUUGAACAAGGGUUUCGAGUCCGAGGAACUGUUCGUAGUCUGAAGAAUCCUAAGAAGGUCGAUCCAAUCAAGUGUUUGGACAAAAAAGGAAACUUGGAACUUGUUGAAGCUGAUCUAUUGAAUGCGGAAUGUUGGGAUAGGGUUUUGGACGGAUGUGAUUAUGUUCUUCACGUGGCUUCUCCUUUCCCUAUUGUUGCCGAUGAAAAAUGUAUUGAAACUGCAAUCUUAGGAACAUUGAAUGUUUUGAAAGCAGCUGGACAAUGUGAUUCUGUCAAAAAGGUAGUUCUUACUAGCAGCUGUGCAGCUGUAAACGAAGGUCAUGAUGACCCUGCAAAGAUGUAUGAUGAGACAACUUGGACUAACGUCAAUAGCAAACAAGUUGAUAAUUAUGCAAAAAGUAAAACUUUGGCUGAGAAAGCUGCGUGGGACUUCAUGAAAGAAGAUAAGCAUACCAACAAGUUCAAAUUAACUGCAAUUAAUCCAACAUUUGUGGUCGGACCAAUGCUAAUUGAUGAACAAGGAGCCAGUAUAACUGUUAUGAGACGUUUCCUUAAUAUGGAAAUGCCUGGAUUCCCACAAUUGAAUUUGGCAUGCGUUGAUGUCCGAGAUGUUGCUUCCGCUCACAUUAAGGCUAUGACUGAGUCUGCAACUGAUGGAGAAAGAAUUCUUGUGACAAGUCAACCAUCUCUCUGGUUCCGUGACUUUGCUCGUGUUUUGGGGUCUGAAUUCAGAGAACAAGGCUAUUGGAUUCCAAGCAUUCAAGUUCCUUAUUAUGUUCUCUGGAUCUACUCAUUCCUCGAUUCGCAAGCUGCUGCCUGUUUACACAGAGUCGGUCAUACCAUUCGUUUUGAUAACUCUAAGGCUCAAAAUUUACUAGGAAUAACAUUCCGCGAUCCCAAAGAAUCUAUCCUAUCCAUGGCAUAUUCGAUGAUUGAACGAGGACACAUAAAGAAAGCCCGAAACUACACAGGUGUUCCUGACAAAUACAAAGAUAUAUAA